AUGUCAAAUAACUCGGCCAUAGUCUCGAAAAACUUGAAAAAGUGGUUGGCCGAGCACUCCAUAUCGAAGCGGCAACAGCAGCAGCGACAACGUUCGCAACGGACGUUGUCGUCGCGACGUCCGUUGAAUCCGGUGGGUGAGAAGAAUGCAGAUGAGGAAGAAGCCACAACUGCAGAGGAAAAAGCUACCACUGCAGAGGAAGAAGCCACAACUGCAGAGGAAGAAGCUACCACUGCAGAAGAAGAAGCCACGACUGAAUCUGAAGAAGCUACCACUGCAGAGGAAGAAGCCACACCUGCAGAGGAAGAAGCUACCACUGCAGAGGAAGAAGCCACAACUGCAGAGGAAGAAGCUACCACUGCAGAGGAAGAAGCCACAACUGCUGAGGAAGAAGCUACCACUGCAGAAGAAGAAGCCACGACUGAAUCUGAAGAAGCUACCACUGUAGAGGAAGAAGCCACAACUGCAGAGGAAGAAGCUACCACUGCAGAGGAAGAAACCACAACUUCAGAGGAAGAAGCUACCACUGCAGAAGAAGAAGCCACAACUGAAUCUGAAGAGGCUACCACUGCAAAGGAAGAAGCCACAACUGCAGAGGAAGAAGCUACCACUGCAGAGAAAGAAGCCACAACUUCAGAGGAAGAAGCUACCACUGCAGAGGUAGAAGCCACAACUGAAUCUGAAGAAGCUACCACUGCAGAAGAAGAAGCCACAACUGCAGAGGAAGAAGCUACCACUACAGAGGAAGAAGCUACAACUUCAGAGGAAGAAGCUACCACUGCAGAGGAAGAAGCUACCACUGCAGAGGAAGAAGCCACAGCUGAAUUUGGAGAAGCUACCACUGCAGAGGAAGAAGCCACAACUGCAAAGGAAGAAGCCACCACUGCAGAAGAAGCAGCCACAACUGAAUCUGAAGAAGCUACAACUGUAGAGGAAGAAGCCACAACUGCAGAGGAAGAAGCUACCACAGCAGAGGAAGAAGCUUCAACUUCAGAGGAAGAAGCUACCACUGCAGAGGAAGAAGCCACAACUGAAUCUGAAGAAGCUACCACUGCAGAGGAAGAAGCCACAACUGCAGAGGAAGAAGCUACCACUGCAGAGGAAGAAGCCACAACUGCAGAGGAAGAAGCUUCCACUGCAGGGGAAGAAGCCACAACUGAAUCUGCAGAAGCCACAACUGCCGAGGAAGAAGCCACAACUGAAUCUGAAGAAGCUACCACUGCAAAGGAAGAAGCCACAACUGCAGAAGAAGCUACCACUGCAGAGGAAGAAGCCACAACUACUGAGCACGAUGCUACCACUACAGAGGAAGAAGCCACAACUUCAGAGGAAGAAGCUACCACUGCAGAGGAAGAAGCCAUAACUGAAUCUGAAGAAGCUACAACUGCAGAGGAAGAAGCCACAACUGCAGAGGAAGAAGCUACCACUGCAGAAGAAGAAGCCACAACUGAAUCUGAAGAAGCUACAACUGUAGAGGAAGAAGCCACAACUGCAGAGAAAGAAGCUAUCACUGCAGAGGAAGAAGCCACAACUGCAGAGGAAGAAGCCACAACUGAAUCUGAAGAAGCUACAACUGUAGAGGAAGAAGCCACAACUGCAGAGAAGGAAGCUACCACUAUAGAGGAAGAAGCCACAACUGCAGAGGAAGAAGCUACAACUGAAUCUGAAGAAGCUACAACUGUAGAGGAAGAAGCCACAACUGCAGAGGAAGAAGCUACCACUGCAGAGGAAGAAGCCACAACUGCAGAAGAAGAUGCUACCACUGCAGAAGAAGAAGCCUCAACUGAAUCUGAAGAAGCUACCACUGUAGAGGAAGAAGUCACAUCAGCAGAGGAAGAAGCUACCACUGCAGAGGAAGAAGCCUCAACUUCAGAGGAAGAAGCCACCACUGCAGAGGAAGAAGCCACAACUUCAGAGGAAGAAGCUACGACUGCAGAGGGAGAAGCCACAACUUCAGAAGAAGAAGCUACCACUGCAGAGGAAGAAGCCACAACUGAUUCUGAAGAAGCUACCACUGCAGACGAAGAAGCCACAACUGCAGAGGAAGAAGCCACAACUGCAGAGGAAGAAGCCACAACUGCAGACGAAGAAGCUACCACUGCAGAGGAAGAAGCCACAACUGCAGAGGAAGGAGCUACCACUACAGAAGAAGAUGCCACAACUGAAUCUGAAGAAGCAGUAGAAACAACUACAAUUGAUACCAGUGACAUGAUACCUGAAUGCGUUGAAUACGUACUUCCUCCACCUAGACCUCAAAAUCUUUUCCAUGAACUUAAACCGCACAUCGGUAAAACUUUUCAAGCUUCACAGCGAUUGGAACCGCCAAAUGUGAAAGCUACCGUUAAGUCACUUAGCAAACUUCCGGUGAAGUCAUCAGAUUAUAAAGCUUCUGUAAGAAACAUCUUGAAACAAUUUGAAGCAGAUUUGGAUGCUACCAUAGUGUCAACGCGAAAGUUCUUGAAUAGUACUCGAAUUAAACUUAUGUUUGAUCUGAAAAACAACAUUCAAAAUGAAUACGACAGAUCUUCCAAUAUGAUGCGGAAUAGUUUCAUAGCUACUGGGGUCUGUCAAAAGAAGAACCUCGAUUGUUGGAACCGCGCCAAAGCUGCUCUUCCUAAAUUUGAGGAUGGCCUUAACCAUGAUGCCAAGGUUUGUGACGAUAUUUUUGGUGCACAGAUUGCCGCUCAUCGUGACGAAAGCGUAAAAGUGCAAACCAUUCGGCGGGUCGUAAAGGAGCUGGAUGAGUUGAAAACGAAAUGUUUGGAACAUUCUCGAGACAAUUCCUACGUUAGAGCUUGUUUGGGAAGAACGGUCACAAGGUCUCUGUUGAGAAGUGUUGCUUACUUCAAAAGCUUAAACAACGCAGUAGAACAAGAAAUUAAUCUGAGGAAGUAUUUGAACAAUUUGACCAGUCAAUGCUUUGCUGAUGCUUACCAGUCAAGGAAACCACUGUUCGAGCACGGAAUAAAAAGGCUGCAGAAGUGCAUUGAGAAUGCAUCUAACAAGAGCGAAAAUCAUGACGCGGAUAUGGAAUAAAAUUAUUAUCGAGAUAUUUGUUAUGAAAUAUUUAAAUAAUGUUAUGAUCAAUGUUUCUCACUGACAUGUUGACAUGCUGGCUGGUUGAAUUAUUCAACAGUAUCAAUUUUCACAAGCCACGAGUGCAAAUGUGACCACUACCCUACCUUGCUAACAAAAACUUCUAAGACAACCAUAAUGAUUCAGAGAUUAUCGGCUUAACAGCCGGUGUCUAACUAACGAGCAUUUCUGUCCUUUUCUGAUCCGUGGUCAGAGCCGAUCUUGUCAACACCAAGAGAUAUUUAAUUAUAAACAUGAAUGAAAAGUCAAUCAGAAUUCCCGUUUAUUAGUUUCCUGCACAGAUCGGAAAAUGAGUGUAAAAUUCUGUGACAUAUGAUGCACAUGAUUGGAGCGUGGGAUUUCACGGAAGUUUACAUUACAUAUCAUGUAAAAGUCCUCAAACAUCAUGUAAACUUCCAUUAUAAGUCAUGUAAAUCAACAUGAUUCUGUGAGUUUACAUGACAUAUAACGCAAAUUUACAUGAUAUAUCAUGUAAACCAUCAAAACAGUAAGUUUACAUGACUAAACUGAAGUUUACAUGACGUGUGAAUCUCAUUAUUUUUAUCUGCGUGGGUUUAUAAUAUUUGUAUGAUCAUAUGUGAAUGCACUACUAUAUGCUCGAAAACAAGUGCCGAAGAUAUAUCUGAUGAAAUACAAAUCUGGGUUCACCCCUUCGGUUCCUUCGAUGUAAUAGAAGAAACAAAAAAGUCUUAAUGCAGUGGUUUCAAAAUCUGACAAGAACCAUCGAUGAAUUUCUAAAAAAAAGCAGGCAGCGCAAGUGCAAAGAGAAUAAAAUCGAUAUCAGUCAUUUUCAGUCACCAAAAUCAAUCACGUAAAUAGAAAAGCAUGAAAAAUGUGAAGAAAAGUAGAUUAUUACUCAUCCUUUGUACAUAUUUAAAAUCUAAUGAACAUUCUUUUCACAUUAGGCAUCCUUCCGAGAAUAGGCUUCAUAACUUUCAUCCAUUUUAUUUCCUCUGUACAAUACAAAAAAAUGCAUUUCUCAAACUUGUUGCAAAAUAACAGAAUGUGAAGAAAUGUUUAUUGCAAAAAAGCCGGAAAGCUGCUACAUACUUCGAGCUUACUCUUGAGGCAUUACGAAAACGCAAAAAAAAAACCCGAAAGACGGUACCAAGAUAGAGAGAGAUAGAAAUGGCAGCGCUCUGAAAAAAGGAUUACAACAGGCGAAAUUAAACUUCAGCCACUCGAGAAAUAAGUUGCUCCAUGUCGAGCGUCCUUUUCCGCCGUUUUUUUUAUUUUUGCACGCUUCUGGGACGGUGCAUAUUUUCCGAGUAUUGCGUUUUAAUUCGAGUUUCUUUGCAACAACUGCCCAUCGCUGAACGCAACGUUCCUCACAAAAGCUACUUUUGCACAAAACUACGAGAGGGAUUUCUUUCGUUUAUUUAUUGCCGGACUGUGUGCGCCAUCGUCCACGUCUCUUUCAGGCAAAGGCUUUAGAGGGGGAAAAAAGCUAUUACAAAUGAGUGCUGCCCACUCGAGGGAAUGAUUGUUUUAAUAGCAGUGUUAAUAAGUUCAGUGAGAAAAUAAUUGAAAUGAAACGACUGACGGUGGCUGGAGCUUGAAACACGUAAGCAUACAUUUACAGUUUUGUGAAAACUAUUUUCCUGGAAACAGAUUUAAAUGUAACUUUUCCUCACUUUGUGGAAUUUUGACUAUCAUCUGGAUACCAUCUGAAUUAUUUGAAAUUUUCUAAUCUUUAUGGUAAUCGCGUAGACUCCAAAUUGAAGACCCUGAAUCCGAGCACAUAUUUCUCCAGUUUUCUCAAACGUGUUGGGAUCUCAGGUCUUCUUCAACGGCGUGCAUCCUGUGCAUGAGCGGCCGCCCACAAGUCGCCGACCUUUACCUGGUACGCGCU